AUGGCCCCUCCGCCCUACGGACUCACUGAGGAGCAGUUCAAAGACUACAAGCAGGUCUUUUCCAUCUUUGAUCGCGAUGGCACCGGCUUGCCAUUCCCGCUGGGUUAUCAGCUCAUCCAGCUAACUAGAGUUGCGUAUCUAGGCGCCAUCAACGCGGAGGAGUUCCAGAUCGCCAUGAAGUCUCUUGGGCUGAACCCCAGCAUCCAGGAGGUCAACGAGCUCAUCGCCGAGGUCGACCCCAAUAACGACGGCGGAAUUGAUUUCGAAGAAUUCCUACAACUCAUGAGCGAGGCACCCGCACCCUCCAGCAAAGAUUCCGACACCAACACCGAGCUUGUCGCCGCCUUCAAGGUCUUUGACAAGGACAACAGCGGCUCCGUCUCGCCCUCGGAAUUGCGCCAGGUGCUGCUGUCCCUCGGCCAGCGCGCCACCGACGAGGAGAUUGAGGAGAUGAUCAGAGGUGCCGAUCUCGACGGCAACGGUUCUAUUGAUUAUCAAGAAUUCGUCCAGCUCAUGGCCCCGAAAGACGGCAAGAAGUAG